AUGGUUUACUACGCAUAUGCCAAAAACUCCCAAGAUGAUUGGUCGUGGCGUUAUCUUAUAAUUGCCCCUACGUUCGACAUCCUAGAUGACUGGUAUAACACGGUCAAGAGCAAAGUCCCAGACGAUAUCUGGCGUGUUUCGGAUGAUUUCUAUGUCUUCAAUAGAAACAAGCUCCGUCUUGGAAAAAGUACUGCACCUGGCAAGGAAGCCCCGCAGUUCAUGAACAAAAUGAUUUUCCAACUGCUCAGUGACAAUGAGAAUAGGAAUAUUCCUACUUUUGUCAAUGCAACCGCAAAUCCUGGAACGGCUGCCCCACCGUCAACCCUCUUCUGA